GAGCGUUUGCGGGAGGCUGCAAAGGAGCCGUGCGAGGGAAGGAUGAAGGUCUCUCUCCAGACCGGGCGCUGAGGGCGAGCGUGGGGACAGGCCGGGGGUGUCCUGCUGUCCCUCUCCCCUCACACCCCCAAAGGGACAAGGAGGGGCCCCCCGCAGCUUUGGCAGGUCCAACCCGACCCCGGCCUUUUGUCUGCCGAUCAGAGCCAGAUGUGCGGGCAGCUGCGGCGGGGAGCGGGCAGGCGGGUGACAGCGGCGCUGGGAGACCAGAGGAGAGUCCAAGGGAACUACCUUGAGGAAGAACCUGAAAGAUGCAGCUGGGUGGAAAAAUGAAUCCUCUGGGGAGGAAGAGAAGGGGAAGCUCUGAGUGAAGGCGCCAGCCCUGCCCCUGGGUGUUGUGUGCUGUGGGUGGGGGGGGCCAGGCAGGGCAGCCUGGGGCUGAAGGGUGCCAGGGGAUCGCAUGGAGCAUCUUCUCCCACGGAUGCUGUCCCCAGCCUGCUGUCACCCCACACCCUGCUCUGGAUGUGCCCCGUGAGCCUUUCCUGCUUGGGAGGAACCCGGUCCCACCAGCCAAAAAUGAGAUGCUUCCAACCCAGCUCGCUUCUGCUCUGCGUGGUGGCUGCCACUGCCAUCCCCAUCGUGCCCUGGAAGGUCAAAUGUCCCCCACAGUGUGUUUGCCAGAUCAGACCCUGGUACACCCCCCGCUCUGUCUACAGGGAGGCUGCCACCGUGGACUGCAAUGACCUGUUCAUCUCUGCUGUGCCUGAAGACCUGCCAGAGGGGACCCAGACCCUGCUCUUGCAAAGCAACAAUAUUGCCAGGCUGGAGCAAAACGAGGUGGACUAUCUCAGAAACCUCUCGGAGCUGGACCUGUCACAGAACAGCUUCUCUGAUGUCUGGGACUUUGGCCUGAAGAGCAUGCCCCAGCUGCUCAGCUUGCACCUGGAGGAGAACCAGCUUUCUGAGCUGCCUGAUGGCAGCUUCCCCGGGCUGGGGAACCUGCAGGAGCUCUACCUGAACCACAACCAGCUCCGCAGGAUCGCUCCUCACGCCUUCUCUGGCCUCAGCAACCUGCUGCGCCUCCACCUCAACUCCAACCUGCUGAGGACGGUCGACAGCCACUGGUUCCAGAUGCUCCCCAGCCUGGAGAUCCUGAUGAUUGGAGGCAACAGAGUGGAUGCAAUCUUGGAUAUGAAUUUCAGGCCCUUGUCCAACCUGCGGAGCUUGGUUUUGGCCGGGAUGAACCUGAGGGAGAUCUCAGACUACGCGCUGGAAGGGCUGAGGAGCCUGGAGAGCCUCUCUUUCUAUGACAACAAGCUGAUGAACGUCCCCAAGCGGGCGCUGCAGCAGGUUCCUGGCCUCAAGUUCCUGGACCUGAACAAAAACCCACUGCAGAGGGUCAGGCAAAGCGACUUCACCAACAUGCUGCACCUCAAAGAGCUGGGGCUCAACAACAUGGAGGAGCUGGUGUCCAUAGACAAGUUUGCCUUGAUCAACCUCCCCGAGCUGACCAAGCUAGACGUGACCAACAACCCCAAGCUGUCCUUCAUCCACCCCAACGCCUUCCACCACCUUCCCCAUCUGGAAACGCUCAUGCUCAACAACAAUGCCCUAAGUGCCUUGCAUAAGCAGACGGUGGAGUCCCUGCCCAAGCUGCAGGAGAUCAGCAUCCACGGCAACCCCAUCCGCUGCGACUGCGUCAUCCGCUGGGUCAACAGCACCGAGAACCACAUCCGCUUCAUCGAGCCCCAGUCCACCCUCUGUGCUGAGCCCCCCGAGCUCAAGAGGAGACACAUCAGGGAUGUCCCCUUCCGGGAGAUGACGGAUCGGUGCCUGCCUCUCAUCUCCACCAAGAGCUUCCCCUCCCACCUCGAGGUGCUGGAUGGUGACAACGUCUCCUUGCAUUGCCGAGCUCUGGCAGAGCCGGACCCGGAGAUCUACUGGGUCACGCCUUUGGGGGUGAAGCUGAUCCCCUAUGUGGAAGAUGAGAAGUACAGGGUGCACCCCGAAGGGACGCUGGAGAUCCAUGGGAUCUCUGCUGGGGAAGCUGGGCUGUACACCUGCGUGGCUCACAACCUCCUGGGGGCAGACACCAAGAGCGUCAGCGUGAUGGUCAACCGCUCCUUCCCACUCCGUGAGGACAGCCUGGAGCUGGUGGUGGUGGAUGUCCAGGCCUACCACAUCCUGGUUGCCUGGAAGCCACAUCUCAACACCAUCUCCUCCAACCUCACCUGGUCCAGCUUCUUGCUUAGCUCCAACUUGGACAUGACCAAUGUGGCCAGGAUCCCCACGGGGACCCACACCUACAACAUCACCCGGCUCCACCAGGACACAGAAUACUGGGCUUGCCUCCACGUGGCCUUUGUAGACUUGCAGGCCAAGGUGGCUUGUGUGAACACCAGGACUAAAGAGGCCACCCACGGGUACUGGCUCCUGGAGAGCAGGCAGAGCCUCCUGACCGUGCUGGUCCUUUGCCUGCUGCUCUUUGCUGCCAGCCUCCUGGCUCGUUAUGGCAUCGGGACAGAGUCCAGCAGGGCUGGGGAGCUUCUCCAGGGCUCCACGGCCGUGCGUGUGGUCUAUCCCCCCCUCACCCACCCCUGGGCUUGGGGGCAACGUGGGGGGCAGCUCCUGGCCGUGGAGGUGCAAGCAGCCCCCCUGGAUUGCUGAAGGUUGAGGCGCUGGUGGGGCUGACUGAGGGGGGGUUUGGG